CCUCGUUGUCCAGAGCAGCUCUUUGGCUUGCUCGCUGCAGGAGGACCCUCGUGACUGAGGCGUUCUCAGCAGACGGCCUGCACCCCGAGAGGAGCCUUGGUUUUUCCCCCGGGUGGCAUUCAGUGUGCAAACCCGCACAGCACUGCUAGAAUGAUCGGGCAAGUCUGUGCCGCGGUUUGCACGGUUUUUUCUGUGGCGUAUUCCGGCUACUUCCUGACCCACCUGACUCGUCACCUCACACGCGGAUGGAGACACGCCCGUCCUUUGGGCUCACCAGCAGGGUCAGCACCUCCUCUGGCUCCCUCUCUUGCUGAGGAAGAGGCUGAAGAGGAGCCAAAUGACAAGAAGCCUCCAUCUGUUGUCCAUCCACAGCCUGAACGUGCAGAGCCACUCUCUCUUGACGCGCGCUCUGCCGUUCAACGUGCCGCUGCACCGGCGCGGUCUGCAGCAGCCAGCACUCCCCCACAUGCCAGCACUUCGUCCAGCAGCCCAGCCCAGCAGCUGGAGAUGAGAGAGGAGCAGAGCCUGAGGAGACUGAGGAGCAUUGUGAGUCUGGGCGAGCCGAGGAGGAAAUACUCGGCGUUUGAAGAACUCGGACGAGGGGGUUUUGGAGCUGUUUAUAAAGCCCUCGACGCCAGCACAGGACAACAGGUGGCCAUCAAGAAAAUGGCGCUUCAAGAGGAGAUGUCCGAGGAGCUGGCUGUCAAUGAAAUCGUGGUCAUGAGGGACAGUAGGAACCCCAAUAUUGUUACCUACUUAGACAGCUACCUGGUCGACGGGGAGCUCUGGCUGGCGAUGGAGUUCAUGGACGGCGGCACGUUGUAUGAUGUACUCGGGGCAGUGUACCUCGAGGAAGGACAGAUAGGCGCUGUCUGUCGGGAGUGCCUGCAAGGACUGCAUUUCCUUCAUUCCCGCCGAGUCAUCCACAGAGACGUCAAAAGCUGCAACAUUCUUGUGAGCAUGGACGGAUCUGUGAAAUUGGCUGACUUUGGCCUCUGUGCUCAGCUCACCCCUGAGCGCGACAAGUGCAGCUCCAGCGUCGGCACUCCCAGCUGGAUGGCGCCGGAAGUCGUGAGAGGAGAAGCCUACGGCCCCAAAGUGGACAUCUGGUCACUGGGGAUCGUGGGGCUGGAAAUGGUGGAAGGGGAAGCUCCUUACCAGAGGGAACCCCGUCUCAGGCUAAGGUAG